AUGUCAGAAGAGGAGGGUGAUGGUGCGGCUUUGCCGAUCCAGAGCUUUGAGAAGGUCAGAACGCAUUUUCCGUCUGCUAGGAUAAAGAAACUAAUGCAGUCAGACGAGGAAAUAGGCAAGGUUGCGCAGGCCACGCCAAUAGUCGUUGGACGGGCGUUGGAGCUGUUUUUGUGUUCGUUGGUGGAGAAAUCUUUGGAUGUUGCCAAAAACUACGGUAGUCGCAAGAUUGCACCCCAGCAUUUAAUACAGGCAGUAAGUCAGAACGAGGAGUUUGACUUCUGCGAGAGCAUUGUUGAGAAGUACAAAUCGAACAAGUGA